AUGGGGAAGAUGUCACCAAUCAAUUUAUUGCAAAUUCUUUUAAAGUCUGAGGCUAGAAUUAAAAUUCACUUAAGAACCACCAGCAUACCUUAUGUGAUAAUCAUAGACUCACACAGAGUUGUAAAAUGUAAUACAGAGAGAUCCCAUGCAUCCAGUUUCUGGCAAAGGUACAACAUAUCUUCCCAGAGAAGAUCUUGGCCACUGUGGAUGACAAUCCUUAUUUCUCUUGGAGUGAUGACAAUCUUGGCAGUAAUUGGUCUCCUUGUCCAUUUUCUGGCAGUUGGAAAGACUUAAUAUUACCAAGGUGAUUUUCAUACUUCUGGAGUCAUAUACAAUGAUAAUUGUGAAAAAGCAGUUUCACAAGUCAGCACAGAUCUCAGCAAAUAUAUUGAGACUAAGAUGUCUGAUGCAUUUCAAAAUUCUGGUGUAUACAAAGAGUAUAUCAACUCUCAAGUCAUCAGACUUCUAUAAAACAUUUCUCUUGCUUCUAGUUCUUAUCCCAGUGGUUCGAGUGUACAGUUACAGUUGACAUUCAAGAUUCCUCCAGCAAAAAAGAAUAGCAUGAGGACUAAAAUCAAGGCUAUCUUACAUCUGAUGUUGAAGGACAACAUGGUAUCCUGGAAUGCAGUUCCCACUUCCAUCAAACUUAUAGAAAUCAGCAAGGCUAAUGCUGAAAUGCUUACCAAUAACUGUUAUGGGGAACGACUGACCAAUAGUAUCACAGCAGGCAACCGAACUGUGAAUGGGGAAAAUGCCCUGAUGGGGGCCUGGCCAUGGCAGGCAAGCAUGCAGUGGAAAGGUCAACACCACUGUGGUGCUUCUCUGAUCAGCAGUAGAUGGCUCCUAUCGGCAGCUCACUGCUUUGCUAAGAAAAAUAAUUCAGAAGAUUGGACUGUCAACUUUGGAACUGUAGUAAAUAAACCAUAUAUGACGCAGAAAGUCCAAAAUCUUUUUCAUGAAAAUUAUAGCAGAGCUGGGGUUCAUGAUGAUAUUGCCCUUGUGCAGCUUGCUGAAGAAGUCUCUUUUAUGAAGUACAUUCAUAGGAUUUGUUUUCCUGAAGCCAAAAUGAAGCUCUCAGAAAAUGACAGUGUUGUAGUUACAGAAUGGGGAACACUUUAUAUAAAUGGUACUCUUCCAGUGAUACUUCAGCAGGCUUUUUUGAAGAUUAUUGAUAACAAAGUUUGCAAUGCUCCACAUGCAUUGUCUGGCUUGGCGACUGAUACAAUGCUGUGUCCUGGAUUUAUGUCAGGAGAAGCUGAUGCCUGCCAGGGAGAUUCUGGUGGACCUCUGGUUUAUGAUAAUCAUGACAUCUGGUACCUUGUCGGUAUAGUAGGUUGGGGACAACCAUGUGCUCUUCCCAAAAAAACGGGGGUCUACACAAGAAUGAGUCAGUAUCGAGGCUGGAUUGCCUCAAAGACUGGUAUCUAG